UUUGCAAUUCCCACGUUCAGUCCAACAACUCAGUUCGCCUCCACGGAGCUUCUCUUCUACUUGCAAUUUCCAGAUGCAGGCGCAGAAACUCAAAGGAGCAACUUCUAGUUCAAUGUUGGAAUAAAGAUCACGGAUUAUAAUUUCCUGCGUGGAAGUUGGACUUCAGAUUUUUACCAUGACAGGACAAUUUCUGAAGUUUUUCUGCCUCAUGCCAGAACUCUAAAUUGAAUCAUUUAUUAUUUUUGAGUACUUUUAUCAUCAUUAUUUAUUUAUCUUUUUUAAUUUGGGCACAUGGACUGAUCAGAAGUUUCAUCUUGGAACAAUGUGUGCCUCUUUCUGGAUUCUUCUUCAUGUGGGGAAUUAAGUCAUUUUGCUAGAUACUGCAUGUGGUUUAUUUCCAAGAAGCGAUGGAAUUUUGUUUGCGAAUUCACAUUUUUACAGCUUUUGUCUCCUGCAUUAAGGUUUAUGCUCAAGUGGUGCAACCUGUGAAGCAUCCAGGCCUCCAGGUGUUGGCCACUGCCUCACACUAUUGGCCUCUCGAUGCCGUGGACGGAAUCCAUGAACUGUGGGACCAGAUUGGAAACAGACCAGGUUAUGUUAACGGGACUAACAUAACUCUCAGAAUCCACAACCACACUGUGCUCCCCUCUUCCCAUAACUCUUCCUAUGUGUAUACCAAUGACUCUGCCUACACUAACAUUUCUGCAACAGUAGACAUUGUUGAAGGAAUGGUCAACAAGGGCAUCUUUCUGAAUGGAGAUAAUGGCGGCACCUUUCUUCACUUUGGAAGCUACCAGAACUCUUGUAUCAGCGACCCUACUUUGUGUGGUCCUGAGGGCAUUACCUUUUCCUUUUUUUGGAAAAACCAUGAGGCCGAGUCCCGUUUUGCUGUAGCCUCUGGAGGAAAAGUUAUCUCCAACGGCUUCUCAGUCUACACUAACCCCCACGGAGGAUAUGUGGAGUUUUACACUCGAGGCAACAACCACAGAUGGAAGGCAGACAUCAGAGUUCCAGGGCCUUACUGGACACAUGUUCUCUUCACAUGGACUAAGAAGGAUGGUCUGAAGGUCUACAUCAAUGGGACCUUCACAGCUGGUGACACAGCUGGCAGGGUCUCUGACAACUAUGGAGAUCCCUACCCUGACCUUGUCAUUGGCACUGGCAACAACCGGGCAUAUGGUCACUACGUAACAGGGGCCUUCGAUGAAUUUGUCAUCUGGGAAAAAGCCCUUUCACCUACACAGAUCUCGUACUACUACAGUGCAGCCGUAGGUCAGGCCAUUCUUGCUGCCACAACUCCCAGAAUCUCCAGACAGGCCACUUCAACUGCACCGACAGUCAGAGCCACCGAAGUGAGUCCUUCUGUCUUCAGCAGCCACGGAGAGGAGGUCCAAAGCUCGCAGGGCCCGGAGUCCAUGCCAGUCAUUGGCUUCCUGAAGGCGCUGCCCAAUAGGACCAUUCCUCACAACACUGCCAACAACCUCACACAGGCUUUUCUCAAAAGUGUGGAAGAAGUGCUGUCCUCUCCAGGAUUGCCAGAGCAGUCCACCCCUGUGGUCAGCGGUCUGAUCGAGACAGUGGACAGAGUGAUGGAACAUAUGGUGACUAACCUGGAGCCCAGCCCCAACUCCCUCAUCUCUCUGGGUGGAACAUCUUUUGUUGCAGAUUACUCUCUGAUGAAAUUCCCAGAGAACUUCAACCUGCCCCAUUACCGCUUCCCAACAGAGGGCAAGAACUACAUCUCUGUGCCUGGAGAGGCGUUCACCAUGCAGUCUCAAACCACCAUCGUUGGCCUUUUCUACCACAACAUGCACAACUACUACAAAGAGAUCAGCCCUGUCAAGACCAGGAUUAAUGAAGCAGCUGAUUUCAGGGACCACAAGAUCCAGGUAGCGAGCUGUCUAAUCUCUCUAAAAGUGGAGCCUCUGCCGGCCUUGUCGGUGAAUCUUUCCGGUGCUCCGCUCAUCAAGAUCGUCCUCACCCAUGUCUUGACCAGAGAACAGCAGGAUCAAGUACUAAACCAGAGUAAUAAAGUCUUCCUCUACUGUGCCUUCUUGGACUACAGUUCUAAAGAGGGACUGUGGUCCAAUGAAGGCUGUGUUCGCUCAGAAGGGAACAUGACGUAUUCUGUGUGUUUGUGCAACCACCUGACCAACUUUGCCAUCCUAAUGCAAGUUGUUCCUUUGAAGCUCACGACUGGCCACAGGGUGGCACUAUCAACCAUUGGUUAUGUUGGCUGCUCCAUUUCCAUCUUCUGUCUUGCCAUCACUCUGGUCACCUUUGCAGUUCUGUCGUCAGUAAGCACCAUCCGUAACCAACGCUACCACAUUCACGCCAAUCUGUCCUUUGCCAUCCUGGUGGCUGAGAUUUUAUUGCUCAUCAGCGCGCGCUUUGACCCGGGAACGCUGCCUUGUAAGAUCAUGGCUGUCCUGCUUCACUUCUUCUUUCUGAGUGCCUUUGCCUGGAUGCUGGUGGAGGGUCUCCACCUCUACAGUAUGGUGGUCAAGGUGUUCGGCUCUGAGGGCAGCAAACACUUCUACUACUAUGGCAUCGGUUGGGGUUCGCCAUUGGUCAUCUGUGUGGUGUCCAUGACAUCAGCUCUCGACAGUUACGGUGAAACUGACAACUGCUGGCUGUCACUGAAGAACGGAGCCAUUUGGGCCUUUGUGGCACCAGCUCUUUUUGUCAUUGUGGUGAACAUUGGCAUUCUGAUAUCUGUGACCAGGAUCAUAUCUCGAAUCAGCGGAGAGAAUUACAAGGUUCAUGGAGAUGCCAACGCAGUCAAGCUGACUGCGAAGGCUGUGGCUGUGCUCCUGCCUAUACUGGGCAUUUCAUGGAUCUUUGGUGUUCUCGCCAUCAACACACACUCUCUGCCAUUCCUUUAUAUUUUUGCUGUAUUCAACUCAUUACAAGGGUUCUUUGUCUUCUUGUUUCACUGCCUUCUCAACUCUGAGGUCAGAGCUGCUUUCAAACACAAAACCAAGGUGUGGUCUCUUACCAGCAGCUCCAUCCGCAACAUCAAUGUGAAGCCCUUUAACUCAGACAUUAUGAAUGGAAACAAGGAGGGUGUGACACCGACCAAAUUGAACACAUGGGACAAAAGCACCAACUCAGCCAACCGUAUCGACCUCUCUGCCGUGUAGCGGGCCAGAUCACCGUUUGUGUUUGUGGCCAAAGAGCAAUCUGUAGCUCACUCGAGUGGAAUGGCAAACACUGGCCAGCCGCAUUCUCCCGUUAUGUAAUGAAUUGGACACUCAACCACUCAAGUGAAAGCAAUACCAAAGGAGGCGUUUUGUAGCUGAACAAUAGCUUCACCUUUAAAGACAAACAGACUCUUAGGACUGUGCCUUACUAGUCUCACGCAGAAACAUAAUUUCCAAGUAGAAAAGCGGGAAUUUCAGAGGAGAAUUUAGUGAAGUGACAGAGGACAGUGCAGUUCAGGCUCAGGCAAUAAUGCUCUGUGUAGCAGGGGAUCUUGAUUUGUCUGGCAUGGUCUAAAAAGUAUACAGGCUUUUUGCCUUCUUGCAGAGAGUUAGAUGAAAAGAUUGAUGCAACUUUCAUGUCUGCCAAGUGUUUACACUCAAAUUAAAAAGUAAAUAAUUGGGCAGUAAGCUACAAACCAGAAAACCUUCCAAAAUCAUUGUCAGAGAGAGUGGUGCAGCAACUAACUUCUGAUGUACUUACUUAUUCUACAGAAGAGUAUUAGAACCACUGAUAUUUUUGUUGAAAAAAAGAUUUGAAAAGCAUAUCUUCCUUGAGAGGGUAUGCAAGUAUAUCACCCUCAUAUAUAGUCAGUGUAUAAAGAGAAUCAAAUGUUUGCUUGUCCAAAUAUAUCAACAGUUACCAUGAGAUGGUUAGCAUAGCUUAGCACAAAGACUGGAAACAAGGGGAAAUAGCUGGCCUGCCUCCGACCAAAAUGACAGAAUUCACCUGCCAACACUUCUAAUUCUAAUUAAUCAACACUUUAUAUCUCAUUUAUCUAAUAUGUACACAAAAUGAAGACUACAGAGUAGCUAGCCAAUCGAGUUGUUUCCGCUUUUGGCAGAAUUAGUGUUAAGCUAAGCUAAUGCUACUAGCUAGUGUCAUAUUUAGCAUGCAGACAUGAAAGUUACAGUGAUUUUUUUCAUCUAACUCUUGGCCAGAAGACAAAUUAGCUUCUAAAAUAUCAAACGACAUCUUUAAAUCGUAGUUAAUUAAUUACUCUGUCUCACAUUUUACAGUUGUGUGAUUCUCUUCAUUAAAUUUUAAAAUUUACGUAAUUUGGGAGUAUUGUUGGGCACAAAUUCAUAACCUUCAUUAGAAAAAGAGCAAAUAUAAAUAUACUGUUAAAUGUCCCUACACCUUAACAGUAUUUAUCAUUACAAAAGACAAAUUGCAAAUUUAAUCUGUAUGAAUUUCUUCAAUAUUCGCCUGAUCCACACGUUCUCACAUUUUUAGGAACAUCACAACACAUUAACUGCAUAAUAAUCAUGGAUGAUGUACCAGUGAAUAAGACUCUGAUAUAAUGUAUUUAUUUAUUUUGUGAUUCUGAGUUCUUCAUCGUGUCUUCUGCUAAGUGUCACAGCUCAACAAUCAGUAUGUUCUCAUGUUAAAUUCUGUGUUUAUUUGUGGUUUCUCUCUCUGAAAUGAACUGACUGGCAUAGUUGCAGUACCUCAUAUGUUAGUAAGCUGCCAUAUGUUAUGCUCUUCGAGGAAUAGUGAAUAUUGGUUGUGUAUUGAACACAAUUCUGUGAACUUUUAUGUUGUCUUUAGCUAUUUUUGUUGCUAAUUUCUUAUAAAUUUCCAAACAUUUUGUACAAUAAAAUAUGAAAUGAAAUGUGUCCUACAACAGAGGGACUUGGUAAGGUUGUUGCUUUUUUUCUUAACAUACUGUGAGAAUGGAGGGAGAUGACAUUGUUUAAAACAUCAUUGAUCUUACACUGUACCAACAUUAAGUUUCCUAGAACAGGAUUUACUGUAAGUCACUCUGCACUCACUUUUCAUGUCUGAUUUAAUUAUUUCAGUAUUCCUAAGCUUUUAUAUGGCCUUUAGUGAUUGUUGUCUUACGGUACUAUGGUUUGUUCUUCCAGUUAUCUUUAUUAAAAACUGUUUAUAACAAGAAA